AUGAAAAUUUAGUUUAUAAAAAAGAAAGUAGUUAGUAAUAACCAAGAGAAUUCAGAUAAAAUGAAAGCUAUAUAUUAAUAACAAUAAUAAGUAUCAAUAGAAUAAAUUGAAAAUUGUUAUUCAAUAGAUUUUAGUAAUGGUUGCAAAACUAUAGCAGUUGGAGAAGAGCAAAUAAUAAAAGUCUACAGCUUCACCUUGAAUAGCAUAAAUUUAAUUAAUAAAUUAUUUGGUCAUAGAAAUGAGAUUUCUAUUUUAAAAUUUAUGCUCAAGUCAAAUCACUUGGUUUCUUCAAGCUUAGAUGGUUCAAUAUCUAUAUGGUCUCAGUGCUUAUUAGCAAAACCUUUAAAAAUUUUAAAAUUAGUAAAUCAUUUGAAGGGUAUUCUAUGCUACACAAUAAAUUCUGAUGAAAAUCUAAUUAUUACAGGUAGCUAUGAUAGCACUAUGAAUGUUUGGAUUAAAAAAGAGAAUUUUUGGCUUUGCUCAUAAAAAUUAACUGAUCAUUCUAGUGCUGUAUAUGGAAUUAGCAUUAAUGAAAAUUAAAAUAAACUAAUCUCUUGUGGACAUGAUAAUCAAAUUUUAGUAUUUUCCAUACAUUAUUUCAGAGAUACAUAAUUUUUAACAAAGAUGUAAUCAAUAAAUGUUGAUUUAUAUGGAUUUAGAUUAUGUUUUAUUAAUAAUAAUAUAUUUGUUUUUUAACCUAAUAAUGAUGAGAAUUUGUUUGUUUAUGAAUUAAAUGAUAAUGAUGGAAAAUUUAUAAAAACUAAAGAAAUAGGACUUUAUAAUGGAAUAUAUUGCUAUGAAUUCUUUCCUCAAUAGUAUAUAAGGGAAAAACAAUUAUUAAUUAACAAGAAUGGUUAUCAUAUAAAUAUAUUGAGAUAUAAAUUAAAUCAAGAAUUUGUUCUUGAAUAAUCAAUCAAUUUUGACCAUUAUUUUAUUUUUGGAUCAUUAAGCUACAAUGGUGAAUAUCUAGCCACUUGGGAUUGGAAAACAAAACAAAUCUAAAUAAGAAAGUACCAAGAAAAUUGA